CUGACGUCACACUUUUUCUCCUGAAAACAUUUACAACAUCGGUGCGUCAGCGAAAAUAAAGACUUUCUGGAAUGUUAUUUCCUGAGCAAGCAGAUAUGAAGACUCUUGUAAACCAAACAGGAGCGACACUUUGGUUCCCAGUGGAUGGCGAGGAGAACAGGAAGCAAUCAUUUGACCAGAUUGGAAAAACAGAGCUGAGGAACAGCUAAAAAAAAAAAAAAAGCUCUGCAAGAGGGUGGACAGACGUGCACAGGUGCUGCAGGAGAGAGACGACCGAGAAGGAAGAGAAACAGACAAGAAGGGAGAGGAGGAGGAAGCCAGUGGGGGGAGUGAGGCGAGGUGGAGGAGGAGACUGCAGAAGGAAAAAGGAGUGGGAGAGCAAUUCCCAAACAGCUGUCCAGCAGACGUCCGAGUCAUCCGGAGCGCAGCGCCCGGAGGCGGAUACAGAAGGCAGGACACUGUCAGCACGCCGCAGGAGCAGCACUGCGGCACACACACUCACAGAUACACACUUCAUCCUGAGGGAUACCGGAGCAGGAUUCAGAUCCAGCCGAGUCAUUCCUGCCGUUAAAGCCCAGCUGACCCUCCAGCAUGAAGCCUGACGCGAAGAAAAGUGUCCCCUCUCUGCUGCCGACUGGAGAGCCGUUUCCAGAUCAAUGCCGCCAUUAUUCCUAGACUCCUGCGUGCAGCGAGAGUUUCUGAGAAUGUAACUGAAAACCCUCCGCUGGGGAACAGUAACGUUCAGACCUGCAGAGCGUUUUCAUCCUAAACAUCCGACGCAAUCUCCCAACAAACAGCCAUGCCGGCCAAAGCUCCCAUUUACCUGAAACCCAUCAGCAGCAAGAAGGGGAAAAAAUGUCGGCUGAGAGACAUUUUGUCUCCUGACAUGAUCAGCCCUCCGCUUGGCGACUUCCGCCACACCAUCCACAUCGGGAAAGGCGGAGAACGAGACGCCUUUGGAGACAUGUCCUUCCUCCAGGGGAAGUAUGAGCUUCUGCCUGGAAAAAAGGACGUCCACGCUCACUAUGGCAACCAAAGUGAGUAUCUGCGAGCGCACAGCACAAGUGACGCCUCCUUCGCCGAAACGCCCUCACCGGUCCUCAAGAAUGCAAUCUCACUCCCAACCAUCGGAGGCAGCCAAGCGCUCACCCUCCCGCUGAUCUCCUCCACCGUCUUCCCGGUGCCAGCAGAUCCGCUGGAGGACUUUAUGAGUCCAUCACCUCCUCUGAAAGCCGAAAACCCCGACGAGCUAGAGAUGCUGCAGAUGGACGCCCUACUGAGGUCCAUGGACGUCUUCGACAGCGAGCCUUCGUCGCCUUUCGCCGAUCUCCAGUCGAAACCUGACGUCCUUUUGGACCUGCUGGAAGGCGCGAACAAGUCAACCUUGAAGGCGGUUGCUAAGGCUAACAAGCUAAACAAGAGCGAGGGCAGGUUUGAGAAGCCGUCGCCAUAUUUCAUCAGCGACGAUAGCUUGCGCAAAGCUAAUGGUAGCUUAAACAGCAACGCUAGCAGCGAUAGCUACGACAGCUUCGACAACAAGAUGGACUUCCAGAACAUCGACGUCUUCAACCGAAACGGAUACUUUAACAGUGACAUUACCGUGGGAUUCAAGCAGGAGCUGUCCAAGUGCAACAAGGACUGGGUGGACAGGGACAGCGGCGUGGAGGAGGGACGCAUUAGCGAUUUUGAGUUUGAGCUUUCCAAGGAGAAAAGCGGCUCACAGGACUCCCUCAGCCAGAUCACAGGGUCGCUCCUCUCCCUGGAGUUGGACCUGGGCCCGUCCAUCCUGGACGACGUGCUCAACAUCAUGGAUAAACCUGCAGCGAAGAGCCGGCCUUAAGCUGCGCCGCGACGGACAAGUAGGGAAUAGCUAAAAUUAAGACUUAUGAGUAAUCAAAAUGGUGUCUGGAUAUAUCAUUGAGAUGAAAAUCAGCUACAGUAGACAAAGCUGCUUAUGUUUUUAUUGUCAAAACUUAUAAGUAUUCUAGCUUCUAUGGAGUCUUUAUGUUUGUUUCCAUCCCGGCAGCAUGUUCAGGAUGCAUGUGCUUUUGUUUCACCUCCGUUGUGCCUUUGAUUUUCAGCUGAACAUUUUCAUUUUCUCCUGUUGUCCUCCAGGUUAACAGAGAACAUUUUCAGUUUAUCUAAUAAUGCACUUUUUGUUGUUCAACACAUGGUUUCAAUUUACUUUCACAUAACACUGCAUAUUUGUGUUUUUGACAUUGUAACACAAAUAAAUUAAUUUUUCCUA